GUAUAGGGUAAACCAGGCUAAGUGUCAACUGCCUGAAAAUACUUUCAAAGUAAACGAGCUUACGCACUGGCUUGAUUUUUAUGGGGAUGCAUAUAGAAGAUCCUCUUGGAAAGUUUAACUCCGUAAGUAUGGACACUUCAGUUGGCACUCAGUAUCCUGUCAUAUUCAGUCAUUUUACAUUUAUCUUUAAUAUUCUGUCAAAAAUCAAACUACUGUAUGCAGAUUCACUUUUAAAAAUACAGGAGAAGAAAUUUAGAGCUUGCAUGCGGUUGGCUGGAAUUAUGGAACAAGGAGGGUCCGAAUUAGCUUUGCUGCCCACUUUUAAUCUAACAGUCAGAAGGAGUCACUUGAUUGAGGAUGUUUUGAAUCACCUAAAUCAAUUUGAGAAUGAAGAUCUGAGGAGGGAGUUAAUGGUAUCAUUUAGUGAAGAAAUUGGACAUGACUCUGGAGGAGUCAAGGUAGAGUUUUUCCACUGUGUGUUUGAGGAGAUGACCCGGCCAGAAUAUGGGAUGUUCACAUACCCUGAGGAUGCUUCCUACAUGUGGUUUCCCAUCACACCUAAAUUUGAGAAGAGAUACUUCUUCUUUGGUGUUCUGUGUGGAUUUUCCUUAAUCAAUUUCAAUGUUGCCAACAUCCCUUUCCCACUUGCCCUGUUUAAGAAACUUUUGGACCGGACUCCAUCACUGGAAGACUUAAAAGAACUUAGUCCUGUUUUGGGAAAGAGUUUGCAGACACUUCUGGAUGAUGAAGGUGAUGACUUUUGAGAAGUAUUUUUAAUCUAUUUUAAUGUGCACUGGGACAAAAAUGAUGUAGACUUAAUCCCUAAUGGAAGUGGCAUCAUUGUUGACCAGACCAACAAGAGAGACUAUGUUUCUAAGUAUGUCAAUUACAUCUUCAACAUCUCUGUGAAGGCAGUUUAUGAGGAAUUUCAAAGAGGAUUUUACAAAGUGUGUGACAAGGAUAUUAUUGAAUUUUUCCAUCCCGAAGAACUAAAGGAUGUGGUUAUUGGAAAUACAGAUUAUGACUGGGAAACAUUUGAAAAGAAUGCACAUUAUGAAGAAGGAUAUGGUAAUUAACAUCCCACCAUAGUGAUGUUUUAGAAGGCUUUACACAAGUUGACUUUAGAACUUGUGUUUCUUACAGGAACUGACAGAAUUCAAGUUAAAGGCUUAAAGAACAUGAAAAUAACAUUCUGCUGUCCUGAAAAUGUGAAUGAAAAAGAUCCCAUAAGAGCACAGACCUGUAUUAGUGUCCUCUACCUUCCUAAAUAUCCUACGAUGGAAAGAGUGGAAGAAGCCCUUCAGGUAGCCAUCAACAACAGCAGAGGCUUUGGCUGAUCCUGCCUCACACAC